AUGGUAUUAAAAGAAACAUUCCAAUUUCCAAACUUUGUAAGAGUCAAAGGUGAAGGUGAAGAUGAAAAUACAUUUACGGUCGGUAAAUCACAUUUAACUGUUGCUAAAUAUCCUGACUAUCUUCCAACUUGGAAUCUGAAAGAAUUUUAUCCUCCACUUGAAUUUACUGAACAUCAUGAUAAGGGGAAGUUGGCCGAUGAAAAGCUUCCCCAUUUGCUCGGUGCAGAGGUUAAGACUAAGCCAAUUACUCCAAAGUUUGGAACUGAAGUUCGUGGAGCUCAAUUAUCUAGUCUUAGUGAUGAAGGCAAAAAUGAAUUAGCCUUAUUGGUUGCCCAAAGAGGGGUUGUAAUUUUCAGAGAGCAGGACUUCUUUGAUCAUGGACCUGAAUUUGCUUCUGAUUAUGUUAAGUAUUUCGGACCUUUACAUAUUCAUCCAACAUCAGGAGCACCAAAGAAUCACCCAGAACUUCACAUUGUGUAUUACAGAAAAGAUUCUCCAAGUAAAGUCAGCGUUCAUGAAGCUAAAAACAGAAACAAGCUCGUUCUUUGGCAUUCAGAUGUUACUUAUGAAUUGCAACCACCAGGUACUACAUUUUUUGGGUAUCUUGAAGGACCAGAAUCAGGUGGAGACACUUUGUUUGCUGACACGGAUGAAGCUUAUGAUAGGCUCUCGUCGGCGUUUAAACAAAGAUUGGAAGGAUUACAAGCCCUUCAUACCUCUCAUGACCAGGCACAAAGCGCUCGUUCAUUGAAUGGUGUUGAAAAGAGAGACCCGGUUAAUAAUAUUCACCCCUUGGUUAGAAUUCAUCCAGUUACUGGGAAGAAGUCACUCUUUGUAAAUCCAAGUUUUACUAGAAAAAUCAUUGGGCUCAAAGAGGAAGAAAGUGAUGCAUUGUUGCAAUUUUUGUUCGACCACAUUAGGGGUGGGCACGAUUUCCAAUUGAGAGCAAACUACGAAAAGGGAACUGUCGUUGUUUGGGAUAAUAGAAGGGUAGUCCAUUCUGCUAUAUUUGAUUGGAAUGAUGGGAAUGCUGCCAGACAUGCAGUUCGUGUUACUCCUCAAGCGGAAAGGCCUGUGGAGCUGUUAUCAGACUUGAAUAAGCCAAGCAAGAACGGUGAUACUGGCGAGUACACUUACACUACAUUCUAA